AAGACCCUUUAAUUCAUCUCUAAUGGCUUUCCUAAGCUUGUUUGAAAUCUCCAUUGCUUUCCUUUGCUUUUUCCUCUUUAGACAUUUCUUGAUCAAUAAGAAACCUCACCGUCUAUGUCCCACAAACUGGCCUUUCCUCGGUAUGAUUCCUGGUUUACUCGUCGAAAUCCACCGUGUUUACGACUUCAUAACCGAGAUUCUCGAGGUCACAAACUUAACCUACUUUUGCAAAGGCCCGUGUUACGCGGGCCUCGACAUGUUGGUGACGGUUGAUCCUUCUAACAUCCACCACAUCAUGAGCUCAAACUUCUCAAACUACCCUAAAGGUCCCGAGUUCAAGAAGCUAUUCGACGUUUUGGGAGAUGGGAUUUUCAACGCCGAUUCAGAGCUGUGGAAGGAUCUGAGGAAGUCAGCUCAAAGCAUGAUGAUGCAUCCUGAGUUUCAAAGGUUUUCAUUAGCUACAAGCAUGAGUAAGCUAGAGAAAGGGCUUGUCCCACUUCUUGACCAUGUCGCUAAAGAGAAACUCGUUGUGAACUUGGAAGAUGUUUUCCAACGGUUCACGUUCGACACUACGUGUGUUUUAGCGACCGGGUAUGAUCCAGGUUGUCUCUCGGUUGAGAUGCCGGAAAUAGAGUUUGCGAGAGCUUUAGACGAUGCAGAGGAAGCCAUAUUCUUCAGACACGUCAAGCCGGAGAUCUUGUGGAAGAUGGAAAGCUUCAUUGGUUUAGGAGAUGAGAAGAAGAUGACGAAGGCUCGUGCCACUUUUGAUCGUGUUUGCUCCAAGUACAUAGCUUCAAAGAGAGAUGAGGUCAUCACAAAUAUGGAUUCUCCUCCUCCUGCUUCUCGAGAUUUGCUGACGUCUUACAUGAACUUGGAAACCACCAAGUACAAGCUGUUGGAUCCUAGUGACGACAGAUUCCUUAGAGACACGAUCUUGACCUUCAUGUUAGCGGGGCGAGACACCACAGGAUCUGGACUCACUUGGCUCUUCUGGCUUCUCCUUAAGUUUCCAGAAGCAAUGGCCAAGAUUCGUCAAGAAAUCAAGACAGUUCUAUCUCCAAAAACAAAGACCGAUGAUGAUUCUGAUUCUGAUUCAUUCAAUCCCCAAGAGUUAAAGAAGUUGUUGUAUCUGCAUGGUGCAAUUUGUGAAGCCCUCAGACUCUAUCCACCGGUUCCCUUUCAGCACAAGUCUCCUACCAAAACCGACGUUCUUCCGAGCGGACACAAAGUGGAAGCCAACUCGAAGAUUCUGUUCUGUCUUUACUCAUUAGGGAGAAUGAAAACGGUUUGGGGAGAAGAUGCAUUGGAGUUUAAACCGGAGAGAUGGGUUUCUGAGAGUGGGAAGUCGGUACAUGAGCCGUCUUAUAAGUUCUUGUCCUUUAACGCUGGUCCAAGAACUUGUUUGGGGAAGGAAGUAGCUUUGACGCAAAUGAAGAGUGUGGCUGUGAAAAUCAUACAAAACUACGAGAUUAAGAUGGUUGAAGGGCAAAAGAUCGAACCAGCUCCUUCUGUUAUUCUCCACACAAAACAUGGUCUUAAAGUCACAGUCACUAAGACAUGUUUGGUCUGAAUUUUCGGAAGCAUAAUCUUAUAUUAUCCACAGUCAAUGCUUCCUUUGUCCUCCCUUAAUUGUGGAAAUCUCAUAUCACUUUUUAAG